CACCAGUGAGGAGGGCAAGCAGAAGAAGAAGCGCUUUUCUUUCAAGAAGCCCUCUUUCAAGCUCAGCGGCUUCUCCUUUAAGAAGACCAAGAAGGAGUCGGAGGAGGCGGCAGAGGAAGGAGCAGCGGCGGCAGCUUCAGAACCAGCCGAAGGAGAGAAGCCUGCCUCAGAGGCUACGGAGGAGGCCAAGCCAGCUGAGGGCAGCGGCGAGGAAGCCAAGGAGACUGCAGCUGAGGAGCCAAAGGCCGAAGAAGUGAAGGUGGAGGGAGAGGCUGAAGGAGAAGAAAAAGCAGCUAAAACUUCACCSACCGAGCCAGAGACGGCAGCCAGUCCUGAGGCCRCCGCCGCCGAGUAAUCCUGCUGAACGAGACACCGAAAUGAAGGAGAAGAUGUAGCCUGUCUGAACGAAUGCGAGGACUUGUCUAAAACCAGGGAUUCUUUUUCUUUUAAUUUUUUUUUUUUAAUUUUUGGUUAAUUUCCUUUUUGUUGUUGUAUGUUUACUACUCUGCAUCCAUCUCAUCCAUAAUGACUGCAAUGUYCCAGGCAGUGAUGGACAGGAGGUGCAGUAAACGGUGUGCUGCUUCCUCACUGCUAAAUGGUGCUUGCAUUUGUAACAUGGGUGAGUGUGAAAGUGCAAAUGGGAGUGGGGGAGGGAUGGGUAUUUUUGUGUGUGUGUUUUAAACAUGAUACCAUGACACRUURCUGAAAUUUUACCAUAUAUUUAAUCAAAAAGUAUUUGGUGCUGGGCAAUUGGAUGUAGCAGCUAAAGCUGUGUCUGCAAGAUCCGACACAUUGUGAUAUUUAAAAGGGAAGUCCUUCUCCAAGUCUUAAAUGUUGUCAUUUUGCAGUGCACAGUUGUUUACAACUCUUUUAAGAUCCUGUGAACACAAAACCAUUCCUGAAAUAGAUUUAGUUAACUGUUUAAAAAGGGAAAACAACAAAAAACCCAAUAGGUGCUCAUCACUUUCCAUUAGAUACCACCGUUUCAUCAUUCUGUAGUAAUGCACGUUGUAUAGCCUUUGAUAUUACUGGUUUUAUGGCUGAGAUGUACCUAAUGACUGAAGUUUUUAACUGAUUACCCAUUGUAAAUGAGUUUUUUUUUCACCAUUUGUAAGAUUAAAUAAAAUUGGGAGAUGUUUUAAGCAGACUCUGCAUCAAGCUGUGAUGACUCCAACACCACUUUUUUGAACCGACACCCGAAAGCACACCAAGUCAGGAUUUUACAGAUGCAGUCGUUUUUAAAAACAGUGUUUACUUUCUGUAUAUAACCAGGCCCACCCUCUUCAGUAUGGAAUGUAACAUUGCCUGCAAGCUGGUAACAAGGUGUUGAGUUCUUAUUUUCUGUGACUUCUGAAGAAUAAAGCAAACAAAAGUGUGAA